CGUGCGGGCGCCCGCUCUUCGGCAUGCCUGCCGUAAAGGAGCCGAACCGUCACACAAAAGCAAGAUGGAGGAUCUCACAGUCGAAGUAUGCGGCGAAAACGGAGCGUAUUAUAAGGCCUUUGUCACGGAUGUCUUUGACGAUGAAGUUUUGGUAACUUUUGAGAAUGACUGGCAACCCGAAUCGAAAUUCCCAUUUGCUCAAGUCCGUCUACCUCCAAAAGAUGGUUCCAAAACAGAAUUUCAGGAGAACCAGGAGAUCGAAGUAUUCUCUAGAUCUAACGAUCAAGAAGCAUGGGGUUGGUGGAAAGCACUUAUUAAGAUGAGUAAAGGAGGUUUUCAAGUAGUCGAAUACUUGGGAUGGGAAUACACAUAUACUGAAAUUGUAGCUAGUGAGCGACUGAGAGCCAAAAAUCCAAAUCCCCCUAUUGACAAAAACACAUUUCACAAGAUCGAAAUUGAAGUACCUGAAGAGCUCAGAGAAUUUGCGAAGAUGGACAAUGCACAUAAAGAAUUUCAAAAGGCGAUAGGGGCGGCAGUGUGCCGAUAUGUGCCUGAACGAGGAGUACUGCUGGCCAUCUCCCGUCAUGAAAAUAUACAUCGUCACAGUAGCAUGCUCCAAGAAAUGCACUUUAGAAACUUAUCGCAAAAGGUUUUGCUAUUAAAGAGAACGGAAGAAGCAGCACGUCAACUUGAGUCCACUAAGCUUCAAACAAUAGGGGGCAAAUUUAGAUCUUCAAACUUUAUAUAUCAGCGUGUCUCAGACUUUGAGGCAGGAGUGAAAACAAAUUCAAGAUAUACCGACGAAUUUAAUGUUCGAGAAGAUCUGAUGGGACUAGCUAUUGGUGCUCAUGGUGCAAAUAUUCAACAAGCGCGAAAAGUUGAUGGCAUUACAAAUAUAGAGUUAGAAGAAAAUUCAUGCACAUUUAAGAUAUAUGGAGAGACGCAUGAAGCUGUUAAAAAAGCUCGAUCUAUGCUGGAAUAUAGCGAGGAAUCUAUACAAGUCCCACGGGUGUUGGUAGGAAAAGUAAUUGGGAAGAAUGGUCGCAUUAUCCAAGAAAUUGUCGACAAGAGUGGUGUAAUAACAACUGGCUCGAGUGGGAAUAUACAUAUUGAUAAAGUAAGAGUAAAAAUAGAAGGAGACAACGAACCUCAACCAACGAUUCCACGAGAGGAGGGUCAGGUGCCCUUUGUCUUUGUUGGUACUGUCGAAAGCAUCGCCAAUGCCAAAGUUCUGUUGGAAUACCAUUUGGCACAUUUAAAGGAAGUAGAACAACUGCGACAAGAAAAGUUAGAAAUUGAUCAACAACUACGAAGCAUGCACGGAUCGACUACAGGACCGAUGCCCAGCUUUCCUCCCACAAGACGAGGAAUGGUUGCAGGACCUGAAGAGGGUAUCAGUGGUCGUGGAGGUCGCGGUGGUCAGUCUCGAGGGCGCGGAUCUCGGGGUAGAGCCCCUACCAGACACAAUGCCGGAUUACGUAGAGAUACUUUGGACGGCAGUGAGGAUCGUGUUCGGGAUUUACCGCCAAGAGGUGGUCAUCAGGGAGCCGGUAAUUCAGGGUACAUGAGUGGUAGACAAGGUCGUCCUCCAACCCAACGUAGAGAUCGUAGAGACGAACGUCGUCGUACUACCGAUGAUGAAGACACUGUUUUAGACAGCCAAGACGUUUCAAGCAUCGAUAGAGAGUCAGUAUCGAGUGUGGAGGGAGGAGCUAAAGGAAUAAGACGAAGACGACUUCGGCGUUCGCGGCAACGAAGUUCAACGCCAAUGAGUGCUAGUCAGACAGGCAGUAAUGCCGGCCCGUGCGACCAAUCAACAAUGAAUAGCAAGGAAGGAACACCCGCGAACGACGUAUCCAUGUCUAACAACAGUUCGCAAGGACCUAAAGGCCAAAGAGAACAUCGGUCUCGUCCUCCUCGUAUGCAGCAGAGCAAUAAGCCUAAAGAAGCUCUGGUUAAUGGUACCAGUGGCUAAGCAACCGUUGCGCCAAUUGCUACUAACGUUGCUACGUUACACCUGAUGAGAGCUAUUAACUCCCAGCACGUAACAUGACGCAUACUGACGCAAGGACUACACGAUUAUGGAACGCGACAUGAUUAGUCUACGCUCGUUGUUAAGACUGUUUGCUACCGAUAAGAAUACGACAGUUGUUUAAGAAAUCGUCAUUCUCCUUAAACACAUUUAAGGACACAUAUUAAUAUCCAUGCAUGGUUUAGUUUAAUGAUGGUAAUUACACUGUCAUGUUUGAUAUACGGAUACAUUCAUUGGGAGAUAGAGGAUAGCAUUUGGUAAGAAGGAUUCCCUGAUUGUGAAACUGUGCCUCAUUUUUAUACCAAGCUCCUAACUUAUGUGGCAGUGCUUCGGAUGUACCGUACGGUACACCUUGGUCACUCGUUAACGUUUAACGAUCCAAUAUUAGGCUGGAUAAUCGCGGCUCGUACGUCAAUUAUCGCUCUGGAUAAGUUUUCAUCUAGAUAUGUCGCUCAGUACUUACAUAUAAUACAAUAUUUGCAGUGUGCUCCCGAUAUCAUUCCGUGAUAUCGAAUUUAUUUAGUUUAGCUUAUAAUAACCAAAUUAAAUGGCAGCAAAUUAUUCUACGUACUUUUCAUAAAUGUUCCGUAUUAACGUAAAGAUGUAUCUAGUUGCUUUGAUAUUUUAUUACUUUAUAUCGACGUAAUCUCGUUAUUCUGAUACGCUAUAUAUCGGAGAUAAUUAUGAAAACUGAAACGAAUGCGACAUAACUAAGAUGCAACUCGACGCGAUACCAGGAAAAUGUGUAUGGAUUUCCGUUGUUAAUUAUAACAAUGGUAGGCGGCAGCUCUAAGAAAUUCUGGUUCAAAGGUGUUCCCAAUGAUGUUCCUUUCUAUUUACUUGAGGAAAUUGAGUUUUUGAUUUACGAUUAUUAGUAGAGUUAUUUAACAACACUAGAUUUUUACGUUUCAAAGCUGAGUGUUGAUUAAUAGUAUCAUGAUGAUUGCAAAAAUGACUUAUUCGAAUCUAACACAAUCAGAUGUGCACAAGGAGUCGGUUUUUAUUUCCGAAUACACUUUUCACGUAAUUUAGUCUUUUCUUUCUCUUUUCUCUCUUUUUUCUUUUAAUUUUUUUUUUUUACUUUUACUACAGUCUAAGCAUACUAUAUCAAACUUUAGAAUUCGAUAUCGAGUUUGUUUCUGCAUUGUUUCGCAUGAUUUAAAAAGAAAGUAAACGUAUACUUAGUAAUACCAAUGUAUGAUGUGCCAGAGAAGGAAUGAUACAUGUUUUAUGAUAUCUAGCUAAAGUGCAGACUUAGCGCAUACCUUUAUUACUAUAAUACUACUUAGUCGAAAUGUGGAUGUCUGAACAAAUAAACUAGCUUUACUAUACUAAGCUAUAAAAUAGAUAUGAUCAAUUGUUUUAAAUUGAUUAUCAACAUUAUUAAAAAUCAGUUAUCAAUUUAAAACAGUUGUUUCUUCUUCCGGAUAUGACAACAACUAAUCGGACGUGUCUCAUGAAUUUUGCAAAAACACAUGGCGGUUGAUGCAAUAUAUCGACACC